CAUUUUUCAUCGCAUGGUUCUUUCUUCUUGCCUCGAUUUAGGCCUUACCCACUCUUUUUUUUUUACUGACCUGACAUUUGUCAUUUUUUUUUUUUAUUGACCUGAGAUUUUUCAUCGCAUCAUUCUCUCUUCUUGCCUCGAUUUAGGCCUUACCCACUCUCUUUUUUUUUUUCUUCUUGACCUAACAUGUUUCACACGUUUUUCCCCGCUAGUUCAUCUCACCAACACUUCAUGAUUUGUUGCCGAAGACUGUCUUUUUUGUAUGUCAUCAGCGGCUCGGAGGUUGGAAUUCAUAUCAGCGAUUGCCCCUUUUUUAUUCGAACUCCGGUGGCGGUGGGGGUGGGGGGUGGGGGGGGGGGGGGGGGGGGGGUCAUUGUAACGCGGUGGUAGGGAUAAGGAGGAGGAGGAGGAGGAGGAGGAGGAGGACGAGGAGUAGGAGCAACUUAACUGCACCUCAGGCUGGAAGAGAAAAGAGGGGUGGGUGGAAGAGAAAGAGGGGUGAGCAGUGAGUGAAGAGUAGAAAGCGGAAAAGAGGAAGCAAAAUAACCAAAAAAAAUCGGAUCUGCGAAAAAUCGGCUCCCACGGCGGAGCAGUCGGGAGGGAGUUUUGGGUGCCGAUUCCGAUCCUCAGGUUGGCAGAGAAAGAGGGGUGGAGGAGAAAGAGGGGUGGAGGAGACAGGGGUGGAGGAGAAAGAGGGGUGGAGGAGACAGGGGUGGAGGAGAAAGAGGGGUGGAGGAGACAGGGGUGGAGGAGAAAGAGGGGUGGGUGAACAGCGAGCGAGGAAUUGUUUGUUGUCUGAGAAGAAGGAAAGCAAGAAGAGAAGAGAGGAGAGAGAGCACGAUGAGGACCGAUCUGAGCUGCCUUGAUCCGCCGACUCUAUGUCGUAAUCGUCUCCCGGGGUUGGGUGCUGAAGAGGAUGUGAUGACGGGUCUGCUUGAGCAGACAGUCCCCUGCCAGCUGGAGCUGCCCCAGGUUGCUGAUCUGGAUGCCUUUGAGAAGUCUGCUGUGGAUAUGGUGAAGCCCAGUAAGGGGACCACCACCCUCGCUUUCAUCUACAAGGAUGGUGUGGUUGUGGCCGUCGACUCCCGCGCCAGUAUGGGCCCCUACAUCUCCUCUCAGACGGUCAAAAAAGUCAUUGAGAUCAACCCUUAUCUUCUUGGAACGAUGGCUGGAGGUGCUGCCGACUGCCAGUUCUGGCAGCGAAACCUUGGCCUCCGUUGCCGCCUUCACGAGCUGAGCCACAAGAAGCGCAUCUCCAUCGCCGGCGCUUCUAAACUCCUCGCCAACAUCCUCUUCUCUUAUCGCGGAAUGGGACUUUCCAUGGGUACCAUGAUUGCAGGCUGGGACGACAGUGGGCCCAACGUUUACUACAUCGACAGCGAUGGGGCUCGGCUUAAGGGCCAAAGAUUCUCUGUGGGAUCGGGUUCCACCUACGCGUACGGUGUGCUGGACACCGGGUACAAGUGGGAUCUGAAAAAGGAGGCGGCGUGCGAGCUCGGCCGAAGAGCCAUUUAUCAUGCCACAUUUCGAGAUGCGGCCAGCGGAGGAACGGUCAGCGUCUAUCACAUUGGGCCAGAUGGGUGGGAAAAGAUCUCAGGGGAUGACGUCAACGACUUGCAUUAUGCCUACUACCCUGAGCAGAGCACGCAGCAGACGCCACCUGAACAGUCGAUGACAGACGUGGCAUCCACGUCCUCGUCCUAGUGAUGACAUGAGGUUUUGAGAGAUGCUGCGAGCGGAGGAAUGGUCGGUGUCGGUGUACCACAUUUGGGCCAAAUGGGUGGGAGAAGAUUCUCAGGGAUGACGUCAACGACUUGCAGUAUGUCUACUACGCUGUACAGAGCACGCAGCAGACCUGAACAGUCGAUGACAGACGUUGAACACGUCCUCGUACUAGUGAUGGCAUGGGGUUUUAGAGAUGCUGCGAGUCGAGGAACGGUCGGUGUCGGUGUACCACAUUGGGGCCAAAUGGGUGGGAGAAGAUUCCCAGGAAUGACGUCAACGACUUGCAUUAUGCAUACUACCCGGUGCAGCAGAGCACGCAGCAGACGCCACCUGAACAGUGGAUGACAGACGUGGCAUCCACGUCCUCGUCCUAGUGAUGACAUGGGUCAGCACAGGGGCGCAGCUAACAGGUGAUUGAUCAGUAGCAGUAGCAACAGCAGCAGCAGCAGACAGCAGCAGACAGCAGCAGAAGUAGGAGCAGUAGGAGGAGCUGGACCAGGUGCAACGAAUCCGCGAGAGCUGAUGCGUACAUAUCCUCUUCUGAGUGAAGAAUUUCCGCGCAGAGAUUACAAAGAUGAUCGAUAUACCUCUCGCUCAGCAGUUGGGCCAGCUGCAGCAAAUCGGAAAGAGAGCUUGGAUCGCCGCUCAAAUGCCCGGCUUGUCAUAUCCGACAGAGAGGAUUGUAGAUUGGCUUAUAUUUUCUAUGCAGUGGUAGAGUCCUUCCGUUUCCAUUUGUGUUCGUGGGGCACCUGUGUCUGCAAGUGAAGAGUGUCAUUCAACUGUUAACUUUGGUCGAUCACCUCAUGCUGGAAGUAAGGAGAAGGACGUGGUUUCGUUCGUUUUCUAUGAUCUGGUUGUGAAUGUGUGUGUGAGUGUUGGCGGAUGUGGCUGUCAGGUAAGGUGUGGUUGAGGGUCAUAUGGUUGCGUGUCAAAAUAGUGUGUGUGGGAGAGAGAGAGAGAGAGAGAGAGAGAGAGAGAGAGAGAGAGAGAGAGAGAGAGAGAGAGAGAGAGAGAGAUUCCGACUUUCCUUCUAUCCUUAAAGAAACAUGAAUUGCUGAAUCCACCUAUUGCAGGGAGUCUGGAACUCAGUUUAUUUUUUCAAUGUAUUUUUUCAAUGAAUGGAUGGAAAAAGA